CACUCGGGAGUUCCAACAAAAUGAACAACUACAUUGCAUGCGCCUGUCUCCUGCUCGUGGCUGUGUCUGCCGCACAGGCCGCCUCGGUGGCAACGCCAGUGUGUGGCGGAAGCACUUCCUCGAAGAACAUCAACCUGGUGAACCCGGGCCAGCCGCCGCGGGUGUGCGAGUACCAGAUCAAGGCCUACAGCAAGUUGGUGUGCCAGUUGCGCAUCGACUUCGCCAUGACUCUGGCCCAGCCCACGCUGGAGACGCAGCCGGGCUCGGGGCUGACCUAUGCCGAGUGCACCAGGGACUCCUUCGAGGUGAACGGCCUGAAGCUGUGCGGAUCUGAGAUCUGGCAGCACAUCUACGUGCCGUUCAAUGCCACCGACGGAGAGUCCGCGGUGGAUCUAACCGUUUCCCUGGCCAAUCGCGCCGGUUCCACUGGCCUGCCUACGCCCUUCUGGGACAUGACCGUCACACAGCUGGAGUGUCCCCAGGGAGCAUCCGUGCGGGAUCUCGUGGAUGUCGAGACCAGGGCAAGCACCAUCAAGGAUGGCUUCUUCGUGGCCCCGCCCGGCUGCCUGCAGUACUUCCCCCAGGCCAAGGGCGUCGUCAAGUCCUUCAACUACAACGAGGGUGCCGGCAUCUAUCCCUCCCGCAUGAACUACGCCAUCUGUUUCCGCCGCACCGAAACCACCUCCGCACUCACCAUCCGCGCCUACCACUUCAACGUUGGGGCUCAGGAGUCCUCCAGCACCUUGAUGACCGACAACUCGUGCUACAGCAGCGACAGCACCAGCGAUCUGGAUGCCGACUUCCUCAUGGUGCCCCAGGCCACGCUCGAGGACAGCCACAAGCACGCCACCUACUUCUGCGGCUCCAUCCAGAAGGAUGUGGUCAUAUCAACCAACAAUCCUGGACCCCUGCUGGUGCUCUUCAACAGCGACGACGUUUAUAGGCAAUCGGAGGCAGGCUUUGCCUUCACCUACACUGUCGACUGAGCUGGCCGCAAGUGUGUUUACCAAAUUGUCCAUUCAGUUUGUCAAUAAAAUGCUUUUACUGUAAGA